AUGAUCAAAUUCAAGAGCAAGCUCAAGCAACAUGUCGCCGAGGACUGGGGCAACUUACGCACCGGUAUGCCUUUCUUGCCUACCUACUGCUUCAACAAGUACGACUCAGCAGAACACGGUCUCGGACUCACCAAAUGGCCGCAUAAAGGCAUCGACAUCGCACUUCGUUGCGUCAGCCAUUGCAAGGCCGAUGGGAAGCUCAAGAACAUUUCCUUCCGCCGAGACAGUUGGCUAGUGAUCCACGAAGAGGAUACCAUGGACGACAUUCGCGACCUCCUCGAUGGAGAGAACAACACCAGAGAGACUGAAGAUGCCAUCAAGAUCGAUUCGGCAAGGCUGUUCACGGGAGAACAUAUUGACCAAUGGGAGUUGGAGCUCUUGGGUAUGCCACAGAGAGGCUCGGCGAAGUUGUAUCGGUUUACGGAUGGGCAGAUUUCGCAGUUCUUGGACGCUUCGCCGUUGACGAGGCCGAAAGAAAGAAAGGUGUUUAUGGAGGCUCAUGUUGUGCCGAACAGUCCAUGA